AUGGCAAGCAUAUUGAAGAAUGUAUUUAUGAUACUGUUUGCUGGAGAAUUCAUAAUGGGGAUUCUGGGAAAUGGAUUCAUUAUAUUGGUUAACCGUAUUGACUGGAUCAGGAACUGGAAAUUCUUCGUAAUUGACUUUAUUAGUACCUGCCUAGCUAUUUCCAGAAUAGUUCUGUUGUGCAUAAUAAUUUUAGGCAUAGGUGUAGAUGUACCUUGUGAAGAAAUAUGGAACAAGAAAAAUCAACUAAUAAGUUUUGAAAUCCUCUGGACAGGAUCCAAUUAUUUCUGCACAACCUGUACCACCUGCCUCAGUGUCUUCUAUUUCUUCAAGAUAGCCAACUUUUCCAACCCUAUUUUCCUCUGGCUAAAAUGGAGAAUUCACAAAGUGCUUCUCAUUAUUGUACUGGCUGCAGUCUUCUCUUUCUGCUUGUCUCUUCCCUUUAAGGAUACAGUGUUUAUGAGUCUGAUCAAAAGCAAGGUAAACGCGGAAAGAAAUCGGACAGUGAGUUUCACAAUGAGAACAUAUGAGUUAUUUUUGUCUCAUAUGCUCCUGAACAUAAUGUUCAUCAUCCCCUUUGCAGUGUCUCUGGCUUCCUUUGUCCUUUUGAUCCGUUCCUUAUGGAGCCACACCAGGCAGGUGAAGGACAGAGGUGGGGAUCCUAUCACAAAAGUUCACGUGAGAGCCAUGAAGUCUAUGAUUUCAUUCCUACUCUUCUUCUUUAUGUACUAUUUGAGCACUAUUAUGAUGAAUUUGGCCUAUGUCAUCCUAGAUAGUUUGGUGACAAAGAUUUUUGCUAAUACACUAGUAUUUUUAUAUCCAUCUGGCCAUACAUUUCUUCUGAUUUUAUGGACCAGCAAAUUGAAACAGGCUUCUCUCUGUGUCCUGAAGAAGCUGAAGUGCCUGCAUCUAAGGAAACCCACACACCCAUAAAACAUGCCUGAAAUGACUGCGAUUUUGUCAAGAGUGAAGAUAAUGAA